CUGUCUUCUGACCAGCUAUUUUACUUGAAAUUUCGUUGUCGAGCUGAGGCGAUAAGGAUGAUACUCCAUGCGAAUGGUGUUCCGUUUGAGGAUGUACGUUUCACCAUGGAAGAAUGGGCUGAACGCAAACAUGAGUUUCCAGGAGGCAAAUUGCCAGUAUUCCAAGUGAGAGAAGAGGGGUCGCAAGAGACGAAAACUUACACAGAGAGCCUGGCGAUCGCCCGAGCUCUCGCAAAACACUACGGUAUGAUGGGUGAUUCUGAAGAGGAAUACUACCGCGUUGAAAGAGUGAUUGGACAGUCUGCCGAUUUGCACGAACUGUUCGUAAGGGCCUUUUUCGCUCCACCAGAACAAAGGAAUGAACUACUUGAAAAAGCAAUGUCCGAGGAGGUGCCGAGACUGUUAGACCUUAUUUGCAAAUCACUCGCUGACUCUGGUGGCAGGUUUGUUGCUGGCGACAAAGUGACUCUGGGAGACAUAUACCUUCUGGCAUCCAUGGAACAUGUACGGAAGGCGGAUGCUCAAAUUUUGCAGACAAAAUAUCCAAAGUUGUUGACGCUCGAAGCGGAAGUGCUGAAGGCCUUGCCAAAGCUGGCGGAUUACGUCAGAACACGACCAGAAACGCCGCUUUGA